UGUCGAGCAGGGCGCGUUGUUUUUUGGACCUCCAGCUUGCCGUACAAAAACAAUAAUGGCGUCUUCUGCGGAUGUUCACGUCCGAAUUUGCGGACAAGAAAUUAUAAAAUAUGAUCUUGAAAUUAAAGCUCUCGUUCAGGACAUCAGGGAUUGUCCUGGACCUCAGUCUGCUCUCUUGGAGCUCAACUCUCAGGUCAAACAGAAGUUCAACAAGCUGAGGCUCAGAAUACAGGAUCUGGAGCAGAUGGCUAAAGAACAAGACAGAGAGUCGGACAAACUGGCCAUCCAGGCGGAGACUGAGAGCCAGCGACGGCAAAUGCUGAGUAACCAGACGGCGUGGAGGAAAGCUAAUCUUGCUUGUAAACUCGCCAUAGACAACAUGGAGAAGGACGAGCUGCUGCAUGGCGGAGAAAACCAGAGCACCAGGCAGAGGAAGGCGACUAAAGAAAGUCUAGUAGAAACCAACAGCAACAUCACAGAGAGUCUGAUGUCUAUCAGCAGGAUGAUGGCUGAACAGGUGAAGCAGAGUGAGGACACCAUCGGCACGCUGGCCACCUCCUCCAGGACGGUGCUGGAAACCAAUGAGGAGUUUAAGAACAUGACUGGAACAAUCCACCUGGGGAGGAAGCUGAUCCUCAAGUACAACCGGCGGGAGCUAACGGACAAGCUGCUCAUCUUCCUGGCUCUGGCCCUCUUCCUCGCUACUGUCCUUUACAUCCUCAAGAAACGCCUCUUUCCCUUCAUUUAGCCGAGCAGCUAAACACGGCGGAUCACUGUGUUUUCUCUCAGAGGCAAGAACUGACUUACAAGACGUUUUCACGGGGAGGAGGUACGGAGGAGAAGCAGGGUCCACAUGGGGUGUUAUAGAGAAGGAACUGGGGCACAUAGAGGGGAAAACCUUUCACUGUGUAUGUACAGUAAUGCAAUAUGUGGGUUUGUAAAAUCAUUUGGGAAGGUUGUUUGUGAUCAACUCAAACAGGGAUCCUUCAGCUGAAGUGGACGGAGCACAUUAACUAAACCUGGCAUCAGAGGUUGUAGGUAAAAGGUUUAAAGCCUCAGCAUGCUUCAAACAAACAUUGUGUUGUUAGAAGCUGCUGUCAGCACCUCUUUGUGGAAGCUAAAUGCUCAGAAUCUGUUGCUUUCGAAUGACAGUGUUGUCUUGAUGGCAGCAUUUGUAGUAAUUAGGGUAAGAGUUCACACUGUCAGAUAAAACAUGAAAGAAGUAGGAAUCGAGAUCUUUGAGAGAAGCUCAGAUUGUGCCGACUUCUGUUCUGCCCAUCACCGUUGGAUUGUUGGUUCAGGAAAAACGCUUUGAAGCAUUCUGAGGCUUUAAUACUUCAGAAUUAACCAGCGUCAAGGACACCGUAUGCAAUAACUUCCAUCAUGUUUACUUCUUAUCAGGUUAAUAUGCGUUUGUGCGCGAGUUGAAAAGAGAAAGUAUGUUUGUCUGCUCUCGGUGACUUUUCCAAAGAUGUUGUUGUUACAGUCAUUGAUGAGUUUACCUUGUGCCUUUCUUCAGUCCAGUCAGGCUGCAUCUGCAUGAAUAUGUUCUCAUUUUAAAAUGUGGAACUUCUGCUGUGCUUUAUGUGGUAUUUUAGGAAACCUAAAAUGGAGACUUUUGGAAACGCUACUGAUCUAGUUUUAGUCUGGACUGGCAGAAACAGAGACUUUAGGAAAUGAAGAUGCAAACACUCGAUGUUUCUUCAUGACUGGGUCUUACUGUCAGGCUUGGCAGACAUCAGCUUUGACUGCCGGGUGUUAAAUCAACACAGAUUCAGGCUGCAGGCAUGUCUGACUUUGUUGUUGAUGUGAGCAGCUGUUGUACUGUUAACAAAGUCUGUGGACUUAGUUUUCACCACUGAUGUUCUUUGUCUUAUUGUUUACAACUAAACAACCAACACACUGCUCUGUAAAUGUUCAGGGAAUAUGUGCUUUUAGGCAUGUAAAUAUGCACGAAGUUCCUUUCUGUUACUUUAGAAUGAGAACGUAUUGGUGCAGAUGUAGCCUCAGACAUCCAGACUACUGAGUCAGAUUGUGUGAAUGCUGAACACAAAGUCUGUUUGAUCAAAACUGAAUGUUUCAUGAAUACUGAGGGAUCCGUUGUUGUGCAUCAGACGUGCCAGUAGAUGUCAAAGUACCCAACAUAUCACCACGCGGGAUGCAACACUGUGAAUUUGUGAAGAACUCUUCAACUGGACAGAACUGACUUUAAGAACAAACAUCUCCAGUGACGUCAUUGUAGUUUAAUUAAUUUCAAUUAAAACUGCUUACAACUGAGUUUUUAAGAUUCAUUUAAAUAAAAAUAAAAACUUACAAAACACCUUGAAA